AUUGCAGAAACAAUCAUGUUAAAAACCAUGAAGCUGUUUAUGGUUACAUUAUUGGUUGUAUUUGUGACAACUACACUUGCAGAUGAUGAUGUGAACCGUCGAUAUAAACGUCAGGGAUAUGGAGGAUAUGGUGGUAUGGGUGGCGGAUAUCAGGAUCCUGCAGCUGCCGGUAACCAGCAACGAAUGUAAAUGUGUAUAUGUCAAUUAUGGUUUUAUUAUAUGUUAUAGUUUAUGUUGAAGUUAACUAAGAAGAGUUAGUGUAAUUGUAAAGAUAAAAUAUCAUUCAGCACAUUUGUGGUAUUUACAUAAUUUAUCAACAGCAUUGUCCAUGAUUGUAGCAUUGGCGUUAUUGUAUAAUGUAGCUUGAUUAUCUAUGUAUUUACAGUAAUAUUUAUGUUUAUCAGGCACGUACUAUCUCCAGUUAAGGAGAGGUGUUGUUUUGUUAUGCUUUGUGACGUACGAAAUAAACAUAUAAAU